AAAUAAUGCAUGCUAUGAUCACUAAUUGACUACCUUCCUCUCCACAUACCACCUCAAACAAACCAAACCAGCAGCUUAUUAUUGGUUGAAUAUAUAUAUAUAUAUAUAUUUUUUAUAUCAUCGAUCGCUCGUUAGAACAAACAAACAAACAAACAAAUUAAUGGACAAGUGGGGCGCGGUGCCGGUGGGGCUUGCAGUUGCAGUUGCAGCUGCAGCUGCUCUGAUGAUGAUGAGCGGCGGCGGUGCCGAGGCGGCGAUGCAGUGCGAGACAGUGGCGAACGACCUCUCCCCUUGCAUCAGCUUCGUGAUGAACGGGAAUGGAGGUGGUGCCCCGCCGGCUGGGUGCUGCGAGGGGGUGCGGUCCCUCUACAGGCAGGCCAGCUCCACCGCGGACCGCCAGGCGGUGUGCUCCUGCCUCAAGAGCGUGGCCGCUUCCGCCACCCAGGCCAUGAUCGCCAACGCCGCCGCUCUCCCUGGGAAAUGCGGCGUCUCCAUUCCCUACAAGAUCAGCCCCAACACUGACUGCUCCACCGUUCAUUGAGAUGGAUCGGAUUCGGAGCUGGGCGUGGACGUGGACAUGGAAUCUUCCCCAUAUUAUAUAUAUAUAUAUAUAUAUGUUAUGUUAUAUAUACAUAUUGGCUAUCUAGGGCAGCAGCUAGCUAGCUAGCUAUCGAUCUGUCUGUUGCUGACUGCUGAGAAUGGGAUCGGAGCUAGCUAGCUAGCUAGUGUGUAUGAUCAUGGAUCACCAUUGGCAGUACGUACUUAGUAUAAGUAAUUUAUUAGUAGAAUACCAGGAAAUUAUAUAAAUGUGGGCAACUAUAUGUGUGUGUUAAGGUUGCGAGUGCGAGAGAGAGUGUGUCUCUCUGUUUGUCUGUCUGAAUUUGGGGAAGAACACUAUAUUCCGCUCCUGAGCUUUACUACUUACUAUACUUAGAUUGAUAUAUACAUAAGUGUCUUCGUCUUCACUUCGUUUGCUCUCUUGCUUUGUUUUGUAUCCCAUAUAUUAAUAUUAAUUUAAUUUGUUCA